CUUUUUUUGUAGAUUCACCUGAUAUUGCAAAGAGCAUUCCUGAUCAAACAAUUAAAGGUUCUGAAUCAAAUGAUUCUGCAAAGAGAGAAAGCAAGCACACUGGAACAGCGGGUACAGUACAGAGAAUAGGAAAACAAGAAGAGAAUAAAAUAAAAAAAAUAAGCUAAUUCAGAGACUUCAUCUUCAAGAGAACAACAAACUGAGAGCUGCAGAUGUUCUUCAGAUAACUGUACAUUCAUUACAAUCCCAUGAAUCUUGUGCUGAAGAGAAGCUAUUUCAGACUUUCCUACAAAAACUACUUAUGAUGGACUACAGAGCAAGAUACAUUAAUGAGACCAAUGGACAGCAUCACACACAACAAAAACAGACUGACUCAUCUAAAUUUGGUGGUGAUAUAUUCAAAGCAAUAUCUUUGUCUAACAAAGGAACAAGCCAAUCUGAGCGAAUUCACCCGAUGGAUGUUCAGAUGGCCGUGUUUCAUCAUGCUGAUGGUUUCCUGAAGCAGCUGAUGGUGACCAAACUGUCCCAGUGUCAGUACGCUCUGCCUCUGCUUGUUCCUGAUCCAUUCACACAACAGAUUGAGUUUCCUCUCUGGACAUUCAGACAAAUCAACAAGAGCUGGAAGAUGAGAAACACCAACAAUGAAAUCAUCAGUCAAACCCAGCCAAUCUACAAGGCAAAAACUCCCAUGGUGUCUUUCUUCAGGUUUGGCUCUGUGUCUUCAUCCAAGUCUCAGCUGAUGAACAGUCUGAUCAAUGAGAAACACAACACGUUCUUCCACAGGAACUGCCCAGGCAGCAGCAGAACCAGAGUCCUGAUGGAUGGAGUGGUGGAGAUCGCCUGGUUCUGCCCCUCUGGAAAAUAUGAUGAUAAAUUCACUGACUGUGUUGCUUUCUGUAAUCUACAUGGUGAUGCAGGAGACCAUGAGAAACAGCUGCAGAUCCUCACUGAAAUGGCAUCAGUCAAUGUUGUUCUUCUACCACAACUUGACAGGAAUGACAGAAGUGCAGACAUAAUUCAAAACCUGUAUAGGACAACUAAGCCACUGAUUUGUCUUUUUACUGAGGAUGAAUCUAGUGUCAUUCAGAUAGAGAAAGAGAAAUUCAAAAUUGGUCUGAAAUACAGAAAUCAGUCAGAUGUAUCUGAAGAACUCAGAAGAGCUAUAAAUGAUUGUCUCCCAAAAUCAUCUUCCACUUUUAGACUUGUAGAUGUGUCCAAACACUCAAAAGACAUCAAAGUAGAUGAGGAAGAUAAUGAUGACUGCAGGAGAGGAAGAGAAGCAGCACAGAAGAUGAUGAGUUUAAUAGAGGAGAAAGAUCUGACAAAAAUCAAAAUCAAAGAAUCAUUUCUGCCCUGUCAAGAAAAUCUAUGGCAUAAGUGGAGUCAGAAGAAUAAAGAACUACAUCAACCUCAAGGAGACGAACUAGAAAAGAAAAUAAGUGAAAAAAAAACAGAAAUGAUGGAAAUCCGUGAAAAACAGUAUAGCUCUGACAUCAGUGAGUUUAUGAAGCUCUUUAUUAAAGGAAUGGACUCACAUGCAAAACAUGAGAAGAUAUUUUUCCUUAAAUGGCUCAGAAUCCUUCUGGAUGAACAUACAUCAGCUGAUCUUUCUUCUUUACAUAACAAGUAUAAUGAAACAUGGAAAACAUUUAUAGAACUGAAAGACAACAGUGAUAAACCUGAACAACAUAAAGCUAAACAAGCAGAUCUUGAGAGUAUAUCUAAGCAACUUCAAGCUGCAGCCUUUGGUUUGGAGCACAUCAUGAGGGAGAUUGGUCAGAUUUAUGAAUCAUGUUCAUCUGUGAAAAAGAACAAGAAAGACCUGCAGAUUCACUUCUCUUCUCUCCCGAGUCUUGCAGCAGAGAUGAUGAUCUCUGGAUUUCCACUGGAGCUCAUGGAUGGAGAUGCUGCUCAUGUUCCUGUGAUCUGGAUCUCUGCUGUUCUAGAUCAACUCAUCCAGAAACUGGGAGACCAGAGAGUCUUUGUGCUGUCAGUUUUAGGGAUUCAGAGCUCUGGGAAAUCCACCAUGCUGAAUGCCAUGUUUGGACUCCAGUUUGCCGUCAGUGCUGGCAGGUGCACCAGAGGAGCUUUCAUGCAGCUGGUCAAAGUGUCAGAUGAAAUGAAAACACAGAUGAACUUUGAUUAUAUUCUGGUUGUUGAUACUGAGGGUCUUCGAUCUCUAGAACUGGCUGGAAGAUCAACAACACAUCAUGACAAUGAAUUGGCCACAUUUGUUGUAGGUCUUGGAAAUCUGACCUUGAUCAAUAUAUUUGGAGAAAACCCAUCUGAGAUGCAGGACAUUCUUCAGAUUGUUGUUCAGGCCUUCAUGAGAAUGAAGGAGGUCAGACUGAAUCCCAGCUGUGUGUUUGUGCAUCAGAACGUUUCAGAUGUCACAGCUGGAGAGAAAAAUAUGGAGGGAAGGAGACGACUACAGAAGACACUGGAUGAGAUGACAAAACUCGCUGCUAAAGAUGAAAUCUGUGAUGCACAAUGUUUCAGUGAUGUCAUUAGAUUUGACGUUCAGAAUGACGUGAAGUAUUUUGCUCAGCUUUGGGAGGGCAGCCCACCAAUGGCACCUCCAAACCCAAACUACUGUGAGAACAUUCAAGAACUAAAGAAAACGAUUAUGUCUCAUGCCUCAAAAUCACAUGGAAUAAUGCUGAAAGACUUAAAAAAACGUAUUAAAGAUCUCUGGGAGGCUUUACUGAAUGAACAAUUUGUCUUCAGUUUCAGGAAUUCUCUGGAGAUUUCAGCCUACAGGAAACUGGAGACCGAAUAUAGCAACUGGUCCUGGAGUCUUCGCAGUGCCAUGAUGGAAACUGAGAACAAACUAUACAACCUCAUAGAAAAUGAAACAAUUCACAAGGUUGAGGAAACUGAUCUUCAUAAACAACUGAAGGAAACAAGUGAAGAAGUGAAAAAAUUAAUGUCAGAAUUCUUUGAGAAAGACAAAGAUAAAGAUAUACUGAUUCAGUGGAAAACAUCAUUUGACAUUAAAAUCAAAGAGCUUCACAAAAACAUUGUAAAAGAAACAAAGAGGAAAUUAAAUGAGAUUCUUGACCAGAGAGACCUUAAGAAAAAGAUUGAUUCUGAGAGGACACAUCAUGAAAACACUCUUUAUGAAAAGAGCAAAGAACUUGCCUUAAAACUCAAAGGUAAAGCAAAAGAUAAAGAAACACUGAAAAAAGAGUUUGAUUUGUUUUGGGAACAGAGUGUGAAGAAGAUCAUCAGAGACACUCCUGCAAUCACAGACAUUGACAUAAUAGAAGACCUGAGAAAGAUCCUCAGUGACAUCUAUCAGGGACGUCUCCCUGUAGACCACUGGAAGGAGAGUGAGAAUAUUUUUCAUGUGCAAAGUUAUAAUGACUAUGUAAAGGUUAAAAAAACCUGUGGACUUACAGGAGCUUUAACAAAUGUCUACAGAUCAGCUAAAGGGAAGUUAGGUUACUUUCUGUCAAAAGACGAUGAAGCCCAAAUAAAAUCAUUAGUCACAGAUGUUGUUCAGCAGACAGACAAAAUUAUUCAGUCAUUUAACAUUUCAAAGAUGGGCUACAACAUCAGCUACAUUCAACAACUCACAGGUUACAUCAAGAAGACAUUAACAAAACAUGAGGAAGAACAAGUAAAAUAUGUGUUCAAAAAAGAAUUCUUCAUGGAUUUGGUUUAUUCCAUCUGUAAGAGAACAAACAAGAGGAUCACUGACCAACACAGAAUGUUCAGAGAAGCCAAUGAUCCUAUGAUAUAUGUUGAGAAGAAGAGAGAAGAGUACUAUAGUAUUUUCCAGAAACACUGUCAUGGAGCAACAUCAGCUGCCAUUUUUGGUGAGAUCAUCUGUCAGAAACUUAAAGAGCCCAUUGAGCAGAGUCUCUACAAGAAGACUGCCAGAGAUCUGGCAGGUGAAAUGAGAACAAACUGUGAAUCACUGAAUGGAAACAGAUUAAAUCUGGAGAAACACAUCCUGAAGAAACUGGCAGAACAGGAGGAUUUUGACAAAUACAUGAACUACAUUAAAAACCCCAGAGAUCAUUUCAAGAGUUUCAUCAGAGAUGAAGUCAGUAGGUACAUCACUGAUAAGUUCAUUGUCAGUGUUUUACCCAAGAUGAAGGAGAACAUUAAACUCCUGCAGCAGAAGAUCAUGGAAGCAGCACAUAAAUCUACUGAACAUGUUCAAGUGAUCAGAGGAGAUGUUGGUUUGUGGUUGAAGAGUUUCAAACAGCAGCUCUCAGGUGAGCUGAUCUUCUCUGAAAAAGACCUCAGUGGAGUGAAACAUGAUGAUUUUGAGGAUUUCAAUCUCCUAGAAGAUGCGAUAAGACAAGAACUUCCUGCUAUAAUGUCUGACAUCAGAUUCAACACAUUUGAUAAAAAACUGGACCUCACGUUCAGGCCAGAUGAGCUUCUGACUGAUCAUUUCUGUCAGUGCUGUUGGGUUCAGUGUCCGUUCUGUAAAGCCAUCUGCACCAACACCAUAGAAAACCAUAAUGGAGAUCACAGUGUUCCUUUCCACAGAGUGAAUGGAAUUAAUGGAUGGCAUAAAAUAAAAACAAAACAUCUUGUUUCUGAUUUUUGCACUACUUUAGUGACAAGUGAUAAAAUAUUUCAUGUAUCAGAAGAAAAGUUUCCUUAUAAAGAGUACAAAAAAGCAGGAGGAGUUUAUGCAGAGUGGAGCAUCACCCCUGACCUCUCUCAGCUACCAUACUGGAAGUGGUUUGUGUGCAGAUUCCAGAAAGAUCUGGAAAAUCGCUAUAAAAAAGAAUUCCUUGGCAGUGGAUCGAUCCCAGAUGAAUGGAAAAAAUACACAAAAGUGGAUGCUAUUGAGAGUUUGGAAAAAAGCUUUUUUUUAAAAUAUAAAUAAAGAUGCUAAAGCAUAAGGCCUAUCAUAGGCCUUAAUUCUUACUUUAAAAUGAAAUAUACAAAAACAACUUUAUAUUUCUUAACAACUACACAGUACCUCAACAUAAAUUAUAUUAUUUUUUUUUUAUAAUAAUGAUAGUAAUAAUAAUUAUAAUAACUGAUUGAAAUAAAAAUACAGAAAUGCUUGAAAGAUUGACUACAAAAUAAAACCAUUAGAAAUUCUUUGAAGACUGAUUAAAUAAAAAAUACAACAGAAAUGCUUCAACUGUUAAUGCUAAAUAAAUAAAUAAAUAAAACUGUGAAUUACGGGGAAAAACUUCAGCUUUAGCAUUUGAGAAUUUGGUGUGGC